ACUGCCUAACAGUGAAGAAGCAUUUACCAAAGAAAAUUUUAUUUUUGUUUUGUUAAAAAAAAAAAAUGGCGGGUGUAACAACUAACUAACAAGGAACAAGCAAACCUUAAGAAUUAAAAUCUCUCUCAUUCCAAACCUUAAGAACAACCAAACCCUGAAAAACCUUCCCAAAGAAAGCCAAUAAAAGCAAAGGCAAACCCCCAUUCUAUCUUUCUUUCUCUAAAAUCUCUCUUAUUUCAGAAUCUCCACCGACACAAAGCUCCUUAACGUUCACAAUGAUGUGUGCCGCUGCUUCCAAAGAAUCAAAAUCUCUUUGUUUCUCUAAUAAACUUUCUCGCUAAAAUGGGUUGAGCUUCUGAUAUCUGUCUUUUUCAGACACAAAAGCGGCAUUUCUCCUGGUCGUUUUGUGUGUCUUUCCUUUUUUUUUUUUUUUACCUGACAGCAUGUUGGGAAUCGAAAUGGAGGAUAAUGUUAUCCCAAGGGCUUCUUUGGAGAAGCCAAGGAGGUCUAUCUCAUUGUCAUUGCCUUCAUUGGCGGUUGUCAAUGGUUCCAUUCGUAAAAGUUUCUCUUAUUCUAAGCUUCCCGAAGAGCCCAUCAAGCUCUCCGUUAGGAAAUUGGAUGCGUCUUCCUUUGAUGUUGAAGUUAUAAAGUCGGCUACCAUUUCAGAACUCAAGCUUGCGGUACAGGAUGUCUUUUGUCAUAUGCCACAGAAAGGUCCUGGCAAGAUUUCAUGGCCGCAUGUUUGGGGACAUUUUUGCUUAUGUUAUGAUGGUCAGAAGCUGGUCACCGACACUGACCAUAUCAUAAACUAUGGCAUCAGGGAUGGUGAUCAGCUUCAUUUUAUUAGGCAUGUCUCCUCUAGCUAUAACCUGACAAAGAUUCGAUCAAAGAAGAGUGCUGCUCGAAAACAAUUGUCGAUAUCAAGUUCAACGAGCUCUUUAGAGAGUGAACAGAAUGAUGAAGAAGAUUGUGAUUACGAUAAUAUGGAGAAUGGAAGAUACCAUAGUCUCAAUGAUAAGAAUCAAACUACUAUUGUACUACAAGAAUGCCAGUUUGGUCACUUAUGGAAAGGUUGGUCCUCAUAUUCAAGGAUAUCAACCAUUACAAGAACAAGAUCUAGCAAAGACAGGGGUUGUGAUUUCUUGGAUAAUUUUAGGAAAAUUAUGCAGCUUUGGGGUAGUGCAAACUGCUUUCAAAAGCGUACAUGGAGGGAAGACUAGGGGUUUGCCAAAAUGCAUCAUUGUCUCUGUUGGUUUGGUUUAGCAUUAAAGGCUGUUCUGUUCUUAAUUCUCAACAUGCUGUUGCAUCUUGUAAAAAUUUUGGAUACAAAUUUAGUUCCUGUCAAACAUUUUGAUUUGGUAAGCUGUUGUAUUUUCCUACAAAAAUACUCAUUAUCCUAACUGCAUAAACCAUUAAAGUGGAUCUUUCAAAUAUUUGGGUUCAUGACCUUCAAAUUCAAUAAGCUAUCAAGUUUUUCAUCACCUGACACGCAGAAAAUGAACAUGUUGAAUCUUCCCCAGGCCUCCAUUACGGUGAUUCUUCAUUAGGUUGAACAAGCCCAAUUGAACCCUCUGAAUAUCUGAUCUGUCCAAAUCCAACUCUUAAGAAAAAGAGCCCAUACCUCUCUAUUGGACAAAUGAUGAAGUCCUGAUGGACACGUUACCGAAUACAAAGCCCACUUUCCCACAUUCGGAAUUGCAGGUGUGAAACCACUCCUCGAACGGUAGG